AUGGUUGAUUUUAGAUCAACGCAAAGUACCAAGGUGAAUCUCUCCGAGAUUGUGCGACUUUACGUUAUCGAAAAUUGGACACUUGAUGAGGUUAUGUUUGAGAUGGAGCAAAGAUUCUCGCAAUCUAAAUCCAAGCUAUCAAAAGACGGCUGGAAAAGAUUUCUGAAUACCCAAGAAACUUUCGACGACUUUUAUUUUACGUGUGCGUCCGAAUGGGCUCCAGACGAGCGAGGGUUGUAUGCAAGAAGUGACAAGCUCCGGACUGAGCUGACCUGUCUCAGUAACCUACACAACUUGUCUGUACGUGCUUUGAACCAAUUCAAAGAGGGAAAAGAAGACAUGGGCUGGGCCAUGAUGCAGCCUGUAUACCAAACUCAGGAAAAAGUCGUGGACAUUCGUCACCAUCGUCAAAUUGUGGAUAUCUUUGCAAUAAUACGCUUGUUCUACAAGGACAAUUUCGGUGAAAUUUGCAAGAAGAUGAUAAACAAGUUUUCUGAGUUAGCAAGCCCUCUGGCGGACAAUGAUCUACGAAAGCUCAUUUUUGAAUCCUGA